AUGGCGGAGGCGCGAGCCCUAGUGCCGGCGCAGGGUCCCGACGAGGCGCCUCUCGAUGCGUCCGCCAUCCGGAGCCGGGUGGAGCAGCUCUCUCUGGAACGGCGGCGUCUGGGGGGAGGGGAGGAGGAGGAGCAGGCGGAGGUGGCACUGGGUUUGGACUCCCCGUACAAGGUGGCUCAGGAAGCCACGGAUGAGUGGGACUCUACCACUGCCGCAGCUUCAAUUGAUGAUCUUGAUGCAUACCUGGAAAUGUUGAGAAAGGAUGUAGCCAUGGCAGAGGAGGCGAAUCAGAAGGUAUCUGCUGAGAUUAGUGUCACUGCAGAGACAACAUUCAAUGAUAUGAUUCAAGUGGAUGUUGGUAUUGAAAUGCUGGAGUCUUUGUCUUCAAAUCUUGGUCCAAAGCAAAAGACUGGAGAGGGGGAUCAGCAGAUUAUCUUACAAACUGAUUCAUGCAGAAAUCAAAGCAUUGGUGACAAGGACUACAUAUAUGAGUUGGAACUUGAUCACCAAAUAGAAAAAAGUACGAUGGAACUUGAAGCUUUACAACAUCUACAAAGGGAUGAUGAAAUGUUUCAACUUGAACCUAUGUUAUUGCCAUUUGGAGCGAAGGUCUUAGACUUUAAAGACAACUGUCUCAGGAUGUUCUUGAAGGCGCCAAUAUUGACCUCAGACUGUGAAAUUUAUGGACAGAAAUUUAAUUGUCCUAUUGAUUCGUUUAUUUCAGAUCAUGAGCUGCUGAUAGAAAUUGAUAAAAGAAAUAUGGAACCAAAGAAAAUACAGAUCAUUCCUGAUGACAUUUCUGUAGAUAUACUGAUUGAGAGGAUGGAGUCCUCCAGAGAGGCUGUUUCUUAUCCAGCCUUGCGAUGGCUUAUUCAGCAAUGUCAACACCAGUCUAUAAUCAAUGCUUUGAGACGAUCAUUGGUGAAUGAUGCUAAUAGUUCGAGGCAUUCUUUUGAGUACUUUAACAAAGAGGAGAUGAUUGUUGCUCACUUAGAUCGUGGGAUUGAUGUCUCCAUCAAGAUAUCUUCAGAUUGGCCUCUUUGUUCCUAUGGCCUGAAGUUAAUUUCAAUCCGCAAUUCAGGGGACCGUCUGACAAAUAUUGCUUCAACUCUGCUUUCCAAGACCAAGGAACUGGCCAAUGAAUUGGAGCUGCAGAUUCGCCAACAUCUUGUAAAGUUUGUGGAUGCUGUUGAAGAGAUUCUCAUUCGAGAGCUGCGGUCUUGUUAG